GUAUCAUGUUCUGCUAAAGAUUUAUUAUAUUUGCGUUUUUGUGGGUGUACAUAAGGCUCAUUUGAAAUUCGUGUGAAAGUAUUCGAAACAUCUGAUAUUGAUGCAUAUUUUCAUGGAAUACUUAUAUUUAAACAUGGUGAAUCAACAUGCCAUUCGAUGCAAUUUAAUUGUUUGCUUAAUAAUAAAUAAGAAGUUCAAUUGUACAUUGUGAAAAUGUAUAUAAACAUUACGAUAACGUAUCUUGAAUGCCUGAUACACGAUAUGAGGUUUGAAAACGAAACUAGACGUUACUAUUAUGAAUCACGUAUAUACCUAAGAGUGUGCUACUUUUAGACUGACAAAUUAUGUUACUCGUCAUAUUUCAAUAUUUACAUGAAUAUAGCAUGACUGAGGAUAUCAGAAGAGGGAAUAAAAGUUAAAAACUGAAAAUAGUGUAGGUUUAUGCAUAGGCCUCAUUGAAUUGGAAAAUGUAAAUAAGAAGAUGGAAAAAUAUACAUAAGGAUAGCUGACACUUAUUAUACCAAAAAAGGACUAGACAUGGACGACAAGGAUACCCAUUUACGGGACAACCAUCAAGUAUACGGCACGACUAUAUGGGAUAAUGCAACUUGCAGACAAUGUGAAACAAUUGAACAAGAAUUGAAGAAAGUGAAAGUACAACUACUGAUAGUAGAAGCAGACUUUCAAAAAGCUAAAACUGAAAUUGAGCUCGAAAAAACAAAAGUCCGUUGGGAAAUGGAAAGAAAACUAUCCAGAAAAGUGUCUACACGUUUGCCAAAAGAUGUUUCGAUGUUCAUUCAGUCACUCGAGAAGGAUGUUAUCGAUGCUAAGGAUACAAUCAGACGAUUGAAACAUGAAUGUGUGACAUUGAAUGAAAGUUUUAAACAUGAACAAAAGAAAACUACAGACUAUAAGGGCGUUAUAGACAGCUUUACCAAACGGUUAGCGUUGGCUUCUUCGUCGGAAUUUGAUUUGAAGAGAGAAUUAGAAAUGUCAAAAGACGAGAUUCGAAGACUAAACAAAGAAUUGAAUGAAAAUACCUCUAAAAGGAAUGUCAACGACCAAUUUGAACUGCAAAGACAAUUUGAAAUACAGAAGAGUGUUGUUCAAAACAUGCAGACACAGUUAGAUAAGACUAUCCAAUAUUUGAAAACGGAAAACGACAGAUUUGAUGCUCAUAAACAGUCGCUACUCAAUACUGAAACUGAUGACAGGCGUCUUCAAAGGUUAACUCUUGAAAUUGACAAAUUGAGAGAAACUUUGACGACCACACUUCAAGAAAAAGACGAUCUUACUAUCAGACUAAGUAAGUUAGCAAGUGCAAGUUUAACAAACAAUAAUCCGAAUAUUGCUGACCUGAAUGAUCCUAAUCGCCCAACAAAACUGGCUGAAGCAUUCUCCGAGCUGUAUGACAACGAAUGGACUGAUGCGUUUGAAAAACUAAAGGACGACGAUGAAGUUAAAAUAGUUAAUAGCCUGUUGACUAUGUUGCAGAAAGCCUAUAGAUUUAGCGUGAGCUUUUCCGAGCAUGCUUCAGACAAUAUAAAGGAAGCAUCUACAAAAUUUGUAUUUAUGAUUUCUGAGAAAAAGAAUGUCAACAGCAACAAUUCUGAUUCUACGACCGCAAAAAGCCUAGACGACAAAACCAUUACGGCACCCGAUGAAAAAUGCGAAAAUACAAUCACCGUUGAAACGAAUAGUACACAUUUACCUAAAAUCGACUUUUACGACACCGAUACUAAAGCGAUAUCAUCUCAAAAAAAUACAUCAAAAGACCACGCACAUUAUAAUGAGGCAAAACAGCACCACGAAGAUGUCCUUGUUAAUGAAUCGAAAACAGAUCCUCACUAUUCAAGAUCAAGUUAUGCUAAGGUUGAAAAGCUACGUGGGCACGGCAAUGACAAAGUUGUCGAUCAUAGUGAAUGCUCAUCUGUGACUGGUAGUGUUAAAAAGGUGGAAUCAGAAGCGGAAAUUGCAACAGUUACAUUCAAUUUUGAAAAAUUGCAACCUACUGAAAAACAACAUAUCAGUGACAUCAGAAGACGGAUUUUACAUAAUUUCAAAGAUCAAAUUAUUUCCAUAAUAUCUAAUGCAGUGGUUGCAGAGAUGAAUCUACACGAUUGUGAAAACAGUAUUUUUACCUACGUGAAGGCAUGCGCAUCCAUAUGCUGGGAGAUGCGAAUCCACCAACCGCCAGUCUGCCUGGAGUUCGUAGAUGUUGAUGAUCAAACACCGUUCAAUACAACAACAUAUAAACACUACACAAAUGGUGGUUCUCGGAUGGAUUACGCAGUGUGGCCGGCAUUGUACUUGUAUGAAGGAGGACCGUUGCUUAGCAAAGGUGUUGCACAGGGGAAAUAACUUAUACUAGUAUUGUUUUUUUAUGAAUAUAAAGAGGAUAUUUGUUUGAUUCGGUGGAAUAUCGAUUUUAAUUCAGGAGUGAUCAUACAAAGUAAUAUCUUGACGAGUGGCGCAGCCAGGAGUGAAAAUAAAAAAUUCUAUGAUCACGAGUGAAUUAAAAUCGACAUUCCACCGAAUCCAACAAAUUUUCUUUUUAUUUUGUGCUUGUUUUCACCAUUUAUUUACAUUGUAAAAGAGUUCAAGUGGAGAAUUUCAAUGGAACAAUGACGUCAUUUGCAUUUGGUUAAAAAAACUACGUAAUUUCACAGUAAAUCAGUGAAAACUUUUGAUAAUUUUCAAACUUAUUUUUCACUGUUUGAAACAGUGAAAUAUCAGUUUAAAUUCACUGAUAUUUCUCUAUAAACCAUCGGAAAGCAUAAAAUAAUUGUAUUGUACAAUAUUCUUAGGGGAAUAAUAUUGACUUGUUCAUUGAUAA